AUGGCAUCAAAGCGAAAUAUAGCGCCCACUCCCACUGUAUCCAAUACGGUUAAUGUUGAUGAAAUUGGUCACAAGUUUCUCGACAAUGCAACUACCUUCAACAUGGUGAACUUUCCGUCCGAAUACACGCCGUCUUUCAAAUCAAAGAAAGGACGAGUAAAACCACCAAAAGAUGAAGAUCCCAGUCUGCGACGAUUUCCCUGCAAGUUUGCGGGUUGCGAUUACGUUGCAAAGUAUCGGUCUAAUUUGUGGGAUCACAAAAAGACACACACGGGCGAAAAACCCUACCCCUGUUCUUGGCCUUCUUGUAGCAUGCGCUUUUGCCAAACCCACCAACUCAAGUUGCAUUUGCGCUCUCACACCGGAGAGCGGCCCUAUGUUUGCACCUAUCCCGGCUGCAACUCUGCUUUUAGUCAAAAACCCGGACUGAUGUCUCACACAUUGAUCCACACUGGCGAAAAGCCGUUCAAGUGCGAUUUUCCCGGUUGUCACUGGGCUUUCCGCCUCAAAGGCGCACUUACCGAUCACAAGAAAGCCAUUCACGAAAAGUCGAAAAAGUUCGCUUGUAAGUGGCCUGGUUGCGACAAGCGAUUCCUUCAGCAAUGUCACUUGAAAAAGCACAUUAUGGGCCACGCUAACAUCAAACCCUUCAGCUGUGACUGGCCCGACUGUGGCUACAAGGCAGUCACUCAAGCUUAUGUCACGAACCAUCAAAAGACUCACACUGGCGAGAAAAACUACAAGUGCAACUAUUGCAACAAGCUAUUCGUCAAGAGUAACCAUGUCAAUCGUCACCGACAGCAAUGCCACCCUGAACUCUUUGGGAAGGGUAAAAUGAGUGAGGGAGAAGAAAAAGAGGAGAAACAGUAUGAACAAGUUUAUGACGUUAAGAAGGAGUCGGCAACUCCCCCUCAAAUACUGUACUUGAGUGAAGAAGAAGGUGCUACCACCUUUUACAUUCAGUCAAAGGAAGAGGAAGAAAUGGUGAGUGAUGAAAGUUUGGCUCAGUUUAUCAUCAACGGCUCAGUGGUCACUUCGGACACCGGCGAGCAGUUUCUCAUUUCAACCAGUGCCGAUUCCGGGGAGUUGCAGGCAGUUAAGAUUGAGCUGAAGCAGGAGAUGAGCAAUGAGGACGUGGUAGCGGCUGACGGACCCAGAGUUGUUGCUCACGGAAAUGACAUUUCAGAGGAAGCGCUAUCUUGA